AAACAACAAAUCGAUCGUGGGCUGUUAUCAGCUGCUAUCUGCGAAAAGAAGAAGAGAAAUACGUAACCUUUAUUUACAAAAAUAGCAAUGAGAAUUGCCCCAAUUCGCUCUAUCCUUGCGCUUACAACAAAGCGCACGGCGGUCACAAGCGGUGGUAACAACCAGGUGCGAAUUGUGGAGGUUGGUCCACGGGAUGGUCUUCAAAACGAACCCAAACUGCUGCCGGCAGCCACCAAGAUCGAGCUGAUCAACCAAUUGUCCGAAACGGGACUGCGGACCAUAGAAGCCACCAGUUUUGUAAGCGCAAAAUGGGUGCCACAGAUGGGCGACAAUGCUGAAGUGCUUAGAGGAAUCCGCAAAGUGCCUGGGAUAAGCUAUCCAGUUCUCACGCCCAACCUAAAGGGGUUCGAGAGUGCUCUGGAGGCGGGAGCCGAAGAGGUGGCAGUCUUUGGAGCCGCAUCUGAUGCAUUUUCGCUGAAAAACGUUAAUUGCACCGCAGCUGAGGCCAUCGAACGCUUUAAGCCUGUGCUGAAGGCUGCCCAAAAGCAUGGGGUGCGCGUCCGGGGCUACGUGUCCACUGUGGUUGGCUGCCCGUACGAGGGUGCCGUUGCGCCGAGUGCCGUCGUCAAAGUGGUCGAAGCCCUGUACCAAAUGGGCUGCUAUGAGAUAUCAUUGGGCGACACCAUUGGUGUGGGCACUCCAGGCACAAUGCGCCGUAUGCUGGAUGAGGUGACCAAGGCCGUUCCGGCUAAAGAUCUGGCCGUGCACUGCCACGACACUUAUGGCCAGGCCCUAAGCAACAUACUGGUCUCCCUGGACUAUGGCAUUCGGGUGGUGGACUCUUCGGUUUCUGGCCUGGGCGGAUGCCCCUACGCCAAGGGAGCGUCAGGCAAUGCAGCCACCGAGGAUGUGGUCUACUUGCUGCACGGCAUGGGCCUCGAUACAGGCGUGAGCCUUGACAAACUGAUCCAAGUGGGUCGGUACAUCUGUACCGAACUGGGCAGACCCUCAGAGUCCAAGGUUAAUCGCGCGUGGAAGGGACCGCAGGCGCGAGUUCAGUGAUGAUGCUGUCAUUGUGAAACGAAAACGAAGGCAUUUACUAGCACUAGUUAUACAAUACAUUUAUUAUCGUUGCAAUAUUAAGCCUAAGAGCGUGAAGUACUUUUAUGGACCUUAAAA